AUGUUUGGAUUUUAUUGUUCUAAACAUGUGUUUCAGUUGGUGCUCUCGGACCCAUCAUGUGAAGAAAAUGAAACGUGCAUAAAUUAUAAUAAUCAACACCCUAAUGGUUGGUACAUCUGGUUCUUGCUGCUGAUUUUCCUGCUGGCUCUUCUCUGUGGAGCUGUGCUCUGCUGCCUCCAGUGCUGCCUGAAAAGGUCCCAAGUUGUUUCCCCAAGACGCACCAUGGCUGUUUUCGCUAUUGGAGACCUGGACCAUGUUUAUGGGACGGAAGCAGCUGUGAGUCCAAAUAUUGGAAUUCACCUUCAAUGUCAAAAUCCUGAACUGUAUUCUAUUCCAUGUUUUGGCCCCCCACCUCCAUAUGAAGAAAUUUUAAAAACAAGCCAAUUUUAG